AUGAUGAGUGGGUAUACUCGAUCUCUAGAGGCGAAGAUUGCUGCCCUCGAAUCUAGAGUCUCAAGUGAGACGAGAAACUCCUCUGUGGAGGGCGUGACAAAUUCGGCCCAUGACGACGCAAAUGAAUAUGCUCGCUCUGAGCACGAAGUCACGUCUUACGUGGACCGAAGAGAACCAGAGGAUCGAGAUACACAGUCUCUCGUGAUUCCUGCAAGUGAGACGCCGGCCGUCAGUUUUUCCUCGUCAUCUUAUCCCGCCAUCGCAAACGUGUCUCCAAUUGUUGAAGAUCAAUGCGGCCAUUCGAGUCUUCUAAUCGGUAUCUUGGCCACGCUUACUAGUGGAAAUCCUUGUGGCAUUGCUUCUCGGCGAAGUGAUGCGUGGCAUGGAAUCAACUUAUCUGCGUCGAUCGUAGAAGGAGCUCUCAAGCCAAGCUCCCGGACUAAACUUUCAUCUAAUGCUCAGGAUACGCUUGUGCAAGUCUACUUGGAGAGGGUCAAUCCGCGGUAUCCAUUUCUACAUGUUGAAACGUUUUCGGGCUGGUAUGAGUCCUGGAAAUCACGUAGUCAUUCAGGGCUCAUUACUGACCCCAAGGACCGAUGGGCGGACUUUAUCGUCACGAUGGUACAUGCAGUGAGUAUACUUCUGACGCCUCAAGUGUCACAGAACGAUAUUGUCACCUCUCAGGCUCUGUAUAAUGAUGCGAUGAAAUACGCGCCCUUUGUCUUUGCCCGGCCCGAUCCAAUAUUGCACGCGCAGGCUUAUCUUCUGCUCACGCUACAUGCACUUCAUUCGCCAUCAUCGCAGAUGAUCAUUCAUAUGGCAUCUAUCACAAUGCGCCACUGUGCAAUUCAUAAUUUACAUCUCGCCGAAUGCGAAAGACAAGAGCGAUUUCCUGCAUUCUCACGAACACUCCAGAUCCGCCGAAGGGUGUUCUGGUCCGCAAGAAUCCAGUCUCGCAUUUUGAACACGAUGAUGCGAUCGGAUUUUCAUAAGAUCAACGCCACCUCGGCAUGGAGAGAACACAUGCUGGAGGAGCUUGAGUCCUGGCGAACCCAGAUCGAGCGAUUGAGCCAUAAUACGAACCGAGGCUACCUCAGCGACCGAUGGGUAGGGAUGGCCUACAACUAUACGGUACUCAUUCUAUUCCAACCAAAUAAAAUAAAUGUGCUCGCUGGGUUCGGCGACCGAUCAGUGCAAGCCUGCGCCCAACUUGCGUUGACUUUCAGAGCCUUUCAAAAAGAUCGGCAAACAGCUCAAUUAUGGCCUGGACUACUGAGUCAGUUUGCCGUAGGUGUCACCCUUCUCUACUGCUUCUGGGCAACCCCACCUUCAUAUCGUACACCCGCCUACCGGUCGCCAGAGGCUGAACCUCUUAGGGACGUGUUCGAUAUACUGGCAAAAGAAAUUCCGAUUUAUGAAACGUCAGGAAUUGGACAUUCACCACGAUGCAUUUCUACUCAAUCGGUUUCCCUUAUUCAAUCGCAAAUGCAAUUCAUGCGUGAUGUUGUCCGCAACCGAGGAGUUUUGCGAAUGGUGCAGGAAAUGAUCUCGGAGAAUUUCCCCGUGAGUCCAGUGGGGAGAAUCCAGACAGCUCCCACUGCGGAUCUUGAGAGUGGCGGAGCUCAUAGCAGCCACCUCUGCUCUGAGCACUGUGCAUUGUUUGACUCCACGACAUUCUUUGAUCCCACUCAUAUUAUCGAGCCGGAUUCGAUGACGGACGGGGGCUCGAAUGAACCGUACGGUGACUUUGAGGAUUCAGUAAUGUUCCCAGCUUUCUUUGGCUCAGCUGAAUUUUAA